UUUUUGAUCGUGUAAAUUUCAUAAAACCAAAGGGCUUAACAUUAAAGUGGGAUUUCUGUUCUCUAGACUCUAGCUGAUUCUGUAAAAUCAUGUUAGAGUUUGAGUUUUGAUAAUUAAAGUAGCUUUCAUCUUCCCCUAAACCCUAUCGAAAUAGUAUCCAUAGAAUGUCAAUUUUCGAACUUUCUAAUUCUUCUCCUUCGCAUAAUUCUCAUCGUACUGGUUUUAAACAAUCAAAUCGGCUGGAGUGUCUCCAAUUAUUAUUAACUGCUUCAGCCAACAAGAAUAUGAUAGGGAAGUUCCUCUUGUUGGAGAUGUUGAGUCUGUCGCAGGUAUUCUUGGCGCAGUGAAAGAGAGAAGAAGACGAGGAGGGGGGAAUGUGGUGGUGGCGUGACAGAGGUUAGGUUUUAGUUAGAGGUGACUGCAGCCGCAGCUGUAUAACUAGCUAAGAUUUUUUACCAGGGAGUUGAGAUUCUGCAAGUGAGAGACAAACAAUGGCCAAGUAUAUUCAACUCGAGAGCUGCUGGCGCAUGGUUCAGGAGUCGAGCAGCUGAACAACUUUAUGGCUACUCUUCAUCAGAAGCAGUUGGUCAGCAUAUCAAAGGCUUUGUGGUUGAGGAGCAUGACAUCAUAGAAGCGGGAGAAUUUACCUGGUUUUGAUUCACAGAACAAACCUCCCAAAGUUACGGUAUCUUCAAUAACAUCGAAACUGGCGUCAAAAUUAAGGGGGAAAAUGUGGCUGAAAACGAGAACUUCUCAUGAGAGCACCAAGAAAUAUGACAACCAUGGUGGUCAUAACUCGUGUUUCGGGUAUCAAAAAACCAUCCUCUCUGACCAUACAGUGCAUGCUUCUGCUGAUGACAAGGACACACAUAAGGCUGGGAGCUACAACAUGAUAGCUUAUAAGUUGAAAGGAAUAUCAUGGGUAUGGGAACACAAACACAAUCAGGUUCCGGACACAAAACUGUUUGGUGGAAGUAAAGCCUCUAGUUCCUUUUCCUAUAAUUUUAAUUAUAAUAGACCAAGUAGCUUGGGCAGUAGGAGUGGUACCAGUAUAACUAGUAGUAGCAGUAGCAGCAGCUCCAGUCAUUGUCUUAAAUUGUCCACAGGAGACUCAUUGAAUUAUGAUAUCUCGUGGGAGGACUUGACAUUUUGUGAACAGAUUCGGCGAGGUUCAUGUGCAACUGUAUGUCAUGGUCUUUGGUGUGUCUCGGAUGUUGCUGUAAAGAUGUAUUUCAACUUUGAGUACUCGGAUGACUUGCUACGUUCCUUCAGACAAGAGGUAUCACUUAUGAAGAGGCUUAGGCAUCCAAAUGUGCUACUCUUUAUGGGGGCGGUAACUUCACUUCGGCGCCUGGGUAUUGUCACCGAGUUCCUCCCACGCGGAAGCUUGUUUAAAUUGCUUCAACGUGAAACUCCUACAUUAGAUUGGAAGCGGCGUGUUCUUAUGGCUUUGGACAUUGCACGAGGUAUGAAUUAUCUUCACAGUUACGACCCACCAAUCGUUCAUCGUGAUUUGAAGUCAUCAAAUCUGUUGGUUGAUAAGGACUGGACUGUGAAGGUUGGUGAUUUUGGUCUCUCUCCACUCAAACACACAACAUUUCUCUCAACAAACAGUGGGAAAGGAACGCCGCAGUGGAUGGCUCCAGAGGUUAUCCGCAAUGAGCCAGCAAAUGGGAAGGCUGAUGUAUACAGCUUUGGAGUGAUAUUAUGGGAGCUCGCCACGUCGAAAAUUCCUUGGGCUGACCUGAAGCCGAUGCAGAGGGGUGGGGCACCACCAGCAAUCAAAGAUACCUUCACCACUGUAAUCUUCACUGAGUGUGUGGCUUCUAAUUUAGAGUUCCUGAAUUCUAGAUAUUGCAACAAGUUCUUGAGUUCCCUCGAUCGCCAUGAAAAACUACAAGUGCACAUCUUCAAGACGCGAUGAAAAACAGUACGGCAGGAACAUAAAAACUAUAAAGCGCUCAGAAAUUAGUAACACUGCCGGAGCUAGUACCACACUUCCACGUCCAUUUGAUCUUAGCCUCUUUACGGGAUAAUGCCAUAAUGGAGUCGAGAUGUUACGGAGCUUCGACGGAAGAGAAUAUACAUGGUAGUCAGCAGCUCUUGGAUUGUUCAUAUCAGAUGUGACUCAAUGGUAAGAAAAGCUAAUCACAUUCAGCACAAGUCCGCAACUUCACAAAAUCCAAGGUGACACUUGGAGAUACAAAGAUGGAAUUAAUUAAACGGAUGGAAUGGGGGGAUGUCAACUAAUUUCCGAAAGGCAUUCUGCCAAAUAUUGCGAGCCUCUGUCAAAGGUAAAUUGAAGCAAAAUCAGAUGAUGAAGAGACUUUUCGUGUUAUGCUGUAGCCGAUACGGAGCUUUAUCAAUCUUCACAGAACAAUUGGGAGACAACACCAGAUGAUAAAUGUGCACAGAGGUAAAAGUCGGUGGAUUUUUUUUCCAAAAACAUGUCAAAUUUGUUUUUAGGAGAGCACAAUCACCGGUAUAAAAAAAAAAUCGCCGGUGCUGAUUAAUAGCAGCUUUUUAACGGUAUUCAUACGGGCAGAAGUUGCUAUAUUUCUGUUGACAUUUGUUCUUUAGGCUCCAUGGGAUCUUGUUGCUAUCCAAUAUUGUAACUGCAGCUAGAGAGUCAAACUCGACCCAUGUAUGCAGUUAACCUUUAAGUGGAUGCUAUUCGUAAGUCGUCUUUCAUUUGUUUUUGUACAACUAAACCGAAUCAAUCUCAGAUAGUAGAAAUGUAAAUUCAGAGUGUA